AUGGGAAACAAAGGAAGCAAAAGAGGCAAUGACAUCGGAGAACACAUAAAAGGGAUGUCCGAGCACAUGGGUCCCAUUGUCGUCUCGGGCAGGUAUCAUAGACUGCCCAAGCGAAUUGAAGAUGACUACAAGACCCAUGAUGUUGUCCUUGGAAGUGGGUACAAUGGAGUUGUGCAGCUUGCCACUUCCGUUGCAGAUGAAAACUAUAGAUUUGCUGUCAAGGCAUUUAAGAUAGGCAAUCUCAAGCGAGAGAAGAAGGCGCAGCUUGAGUCCGAAGUCGGCAUCUACCUUUGCAUGGACCACCCGCAUGUGACACGACUCUUCGAUGUCUAUGAAGCGGAUGAUCAGUUAUACCUGGUCAUGGAGUGUAUGGAGGGUGGUGAGCUGUUUGAUCGUGUGACUCACGUCAAACGCUUCACUGAGAUGGAUGCCGCGGACGCUAUUGAGCAAAUGCUGCUGGCACUGAAUUACAUUCACAGCCAUGGCAUUGUGCACCGAGAUCUGAAGCUGGAAAAUUUCCUGUACGAAUCAAAAGAAAGCAACCAUCUGAAGCUGAUCGACUUUGGCUUCAGCAAAAUGUGGGAUCCCAACAUCAAGAUGCACGUGAGUUGUGGCACUUUAGCCUACGUGGCUCCAGAGGUCUUGAAGAAGGCAUACACAAGUCAAUGCGACAUUUGGAGUCUUGGAGUGAUUGCCUUCGUGCUGCUCUCUGGCUACAUGCCCUUCUCUGGCUCUGAGGCCGUGCAGACCAGGAACAUUUCCACUGGGCAUUAUGUUUUGAAACCAGAAAGGUGGAGCAGCGUUUCUCUAGAGGGUCGACAGUUCGUGAAAGCCAUGCUUGAGGUUGAUCCUUACAAAAGGCUUACAGCCGCACAAUCACUUCAACAUCCAUGGAUUCUGCACAGGCGUGAAAAUGAUGACCUGAACGUGGACAAGGGUGUCGUGGAGGCGCUUCGCCAGUUUGGAAAAGUCUCAAAGUUCCGCAGGUGUUGUUUGGAGAUGAUGGCAUGGUCUCUAAGCAAUGCCGAUCGAGCACAGGUGAGAAAGCAUUUCAUUGCUCUCGACAGAUCACAGCAAGGCACCAUCAAGCUCGGAGACCUGAAACAGGUGUUGACCCAACAGUUCGACAUUUCCAACGAGGAGACCCUUCAGAUCUUUGAUGCACUGGACUCCAAUCAUGAUGAGGAGAUCCACUACUCUGACUUUUUGGCCGCGAUGGUCAAUACCCGUAUUUCGAUCCAUGAUCAUCUUCUUCAGGCAACCUUCAAGAAGUUUGACGUGGACAGCUCUGGCUACAUCACCGCCCCAAACCUCCGAGACGUCCUUGGGGAGACCUUUGAAGGUGAGCAAGUGGAGAAGCUCCUCGAAGAGGCUGACCUUUUAAAGGACAACCGAAUCAGCUUCGAAGAGUUCAAAUCCUUCCUUCGGGGCGAUCCUCUCGAGAGUCGACAGGAUCACCAAGAACUUGCAACCCAGGUCAUUGAUCUUCAUCUCAGAAACGGAAGCAAGCACAGUGAGGAUGGCAGUCAAAGCAUGAUCUCACAACUCAAAGGCAAGCAUGCUAUCCAUGCUAUCGAGCCUGGCUUUACGAAAGAUGCCGUGGAUGCGAUGGUCGUGCCUCAAGAGAAGCAACGAGGUACAACCACUGAGUCGACUGUCGCGACUUACACUGGUGGCCAAGGAGUCAAUGGAGUGCAUCCAAUCGUUCGCCACCUUUCGGAUGCAGUGGUCAAACCUGAGCUGUGCUGCGCGGUAUCCUGA